AUGGUGGAUCCGCGUCCUGAAGCUGAAAUGUCAGUCGCGCCACCGUCUCUGCCCCCGACUAACGAUUUAACUGAUGAUGAUGAGAUUGAGUGUCGUGUGUGCCGUGGGGAGGCCGAGCCAGAUCGACGUCUAUAUGCGCCUUGCAAGUGCAGCGGAAGCAUCCGUUUCACACAUUCCGACUGUUUAGAGCAGUGGCUUGAACACUCGGGCAAGAUAUUUUGCGAGUUGUGCGGCCACAAAUUCACCUUCACGCCAUUGUACAAUGCUAAUGCACCCGAUGUAUUGCCCUGGACAGAGCUACUGACCACUGGAUUACGUGUUGUGCUGCUUAAGUGGCUGCCAUUUGCAGUACGUGCCACUCUCGUGGUCUUUUUGUGGCUAGCUGUUGCGCCAUGGUGCACGAGCUGGCUCUACCGCAUGUGGUUAUUGCGCGCGUCGGCUAUGAUUAAUGUCAAUUUCUCCGAGCGUUUUGACGCGUCACACAUUGUCAGUGAUAUUUUCGCAGGAGUCAUUCUUAUUGUGUGUAUCGUCUUUUCUUUCUUAGCGUUAAUGUCGUUCGCCGACUUUUUGAGGUUUCAUUUGGACCACAUUGAAGAGGAUAUGGCCGCUGACAAUGUACCACAUCAUCACCAUCAUGCACACCGUCAUGACGUGGUACAACACGCGAGGCGUCCCCCCUUAGAAGACAACAAUCAUGUAGCCAACGUCAUUGAGAAUGAGCAAGUCGCUCCCGUGAUGGUAGCGCCAAGGCAAUUGGACGACGUGAACGAUGCCGAGUCCGAUGACUCGUCAGACGAAGGGGAGUGGGCUGAUCCGAAUCAUGUGGAACCAAUAGCUGAUGCUUUGAUGCAGCAUCAAGAGAUUGCCUUAAUGCCGCGUGCUGAAGACGCUGAUCCUGUCCUACCGCCACAAAACGAAUUGCGACAGCGACGGCCUCUUCGUGAGAUAGAAGACGAACGCGUUCGACAGGCGGUGAUACCGCCGAGAGCUGCACGACAGCGCAUGGAUCCGCCGCCAAAUAUGAAUCAACGCGAGUGGGAAGACGAUUUUGAGCAUAUGGAAAUUAAUAUAGCUAUGGAUGAGCUACUGGGUUUACGCGGCGAUUUAAUAGUGCUGUUUCGUAACGUUUCGUGGCUGCUGGCAUUUAAUGGUGCGUAUCUCGGUCUCUUUGCAUUUAUUCCGUACACACUUGGGAGUACUUUGCUAUCUGCUGGUGCUCGAAUUCUCGUUUCAUUACCGGUUAGUACAACGGCGUAUUCAGCUUUGAUAAAACUUGAGUCUGCUACGGAGCAAGACUUGAAUUUAGGUGGAUACUUUGUAAAAAUGUUGCUGCAGGCUAUUGAGACAGCUAAAGAACAGGGCGACUGCUUGCAACUUGUCGACAUUUGCACCUGUACAAUGGGAUAUCUGUCGAUAUGUUUGACCAUUGUUUUAUGGAGGUUUAUGGUCCGCACUGCGUCAUCGUACAUCCAUCGUCCCCUUAUGGAAGGACUUUUGUGGGCUUUACGCUGUUUGACGGCUAUUGUGAAAGUAUCGACGCUGCUUUUGCUCAAGAUGGUGAUUCUUCCAAUUUUGCUGGGUUUAUGUAUCGACUUUGCCACUCUUCACAUGUUUAUGGUUUCUGCCCAAGAUCGCAUUUCAUUUUGCUUGCAAAACAUGAUAUGUGCCUUGAUGGUGCACUGGGUACUAGGCAUUACCUUCAUGCUUUUUGUGACAGUCUCUGUCCUUUUAAUGCGUGAAGUUGCGCACCCGGAAGUACUGGCUAAAUUAAUUCGACCACAGGAGGACCAUCCGGAUUUGCUACGUACGCUACUGAGUGAAAGCUGCAUUACGCACGCCCGUCGUAUGAUUCUAUCACUUGUGAUCUAUGCCGCGCUACUGCUGGUGCUCGUGCAUAUUCCUGUUCGUAUUGCCAGCGCUCUGGCCCCAUCAUAUUUCCCAUUAACGCUACACUUUCAGCACUUAAGCUCAGAAAUUCAGGUGCCACUGGAGCUUCUUAUGGUUCACCUUGUUGUGUUAAGUGUGCUAGAGCACGCAAAAAACGACAUUGGGAAGCUCCAGCAUAUAGCAAUCGUAUUUGCAAGUAAGUGGCUGGGUUUGACUGACUACUUACUACCUCAAACAACAGUAGAGAUUGAUUUGAAUGGUCAGCGUCAGUCUAAGGUUGUGAUUCUACCUCCGCCUCCUCUUCACUUUCAUCCUCGAGCCCAGCUGCUUCCUGAAGAGUUACGAGUUCAGGGGCAUCGCUAUCUCCCCUGGCCUGAAGACGGGGUGGAUAAUCCGCAAUUGCUUGAGUACCCAUUACUUUCGAGAAAGCGACCAUCUCAUCUGUGGCUUCGACUUGCUGGACUUGCUAUCUUUACGUGGGCAGUUUGCGUCGUGGUGAUUGGAACGUUUUUGUUUGGCUCAUUUUUUACAGGAAGAAUCUGCAUGGGACCGUUUGAGCGUGUGUCUGGCAUCAGCCAUGAUCCGCUAGUGAUGGCAGCUGGUGUACAAAUUGUUUGGUUCCUCGUGAAUAGUGCGCACACGCUUAAAAUCUUGAUGCUUCCUGAGAUCCAUGUGGAUCCAAUUUUGGUGGAGCGCGGGUACACUGUCCGAAACAGGUCAUUAGGAAACUCAAUUGCUUGUGUUGUAGGCUGGGCUUUUGUCUGCCCUAUUCUUCUAGGCCUGCUGAUGUCGUCUUGCAUGGUGAGCGCAAAUGCCACGUGGUUGGAGAGCUUUUUGAUGGGCUAUUUGCUUCUUAAUCUGUUUGUGUGGUUGGUCUGCUGCUUUCGAUCGAAGCAAGCAAAUCGACGUCGUAAUCGGCGGCAAGUGGCGCCUGAAGCGUUCGAAGCCGAUGCAAACGACUUCCUAGACGUAGACAAUGAAGACGAGCUUUUUGAUGACGAUCCACAGAAUGACGAGCUUGAAUUAGAAGACGAGAGACCACGGCCUGAAGAGGGUGCUGUGGUUGUUGUAGCCGAUUCGGUGGGUAUUAUCGCCUCUAUUCAGAAGGUACACCGUCAGCUUCAUUUUAAUUUAACUGUGCAUGAUAAUGUGGCUGUUCGGCUUCGCCGGGAGAACAUUCGGCUUAAAUGUUUUGACGUUAACUUCUUCCGACAGAAUGUGUUGCAGCCCAUUAUGCUGUUUCUUGUGGGCAUGCUCGUGGUACCUUGGAUCAUGGCCUUUCUGGUUUUGUUGACAUUUUCAUCCGUUGCGGAAAAUUUUGAAAAAGCACUUUUCGCGAUAUGUGCAUUUUGGGUUUGCACUGUCUUCGUGCUUGUGCGCUCUCGCUCGCUGGUGACUCGAUGGCUGUCAAAUUUGAGUGAGUCGAUUCGCAAUGAGCGCUACCUGAUUGGCCGACAGCUUCAGGACAUGACACGGUAA